AUGCAGAAGGGAAGAGGAAGAACAAGCCGGAUCAGAAGACGAAAGCUCUUCAAAAGUUCUGACUCAAGAGGAGUGAAUGAGAGCUACAGGUCUGAAUUUAUAGAGCUUAAGAAGUGGCUGAAACAUAAGAAGUUUGAAGAUACAAAUUUAAUACCUGCUCGUUUUCCAGGUACAGGAAGAGGGUUGAUGAGCAAAACAUGCCUGCAGGUGGGGCAAAUGAUUAUUUCGUUGCCUGAGAGUUGCCUGCUGACCACAGACACAGUGAUUACAAGCUACUUAGGAGCAUACAUUACUAAGUGGAAGCCACCUCCGUCUCCUCUGCUGGCUCUGUGUACCUUUCUAGUCUCAGAAAAGCAUGUUGGGGACCAGUCUUCCUGGAAGCCUUACCUAGACACUUUACCCAAGGCCUACACCUGCCCUGUUUGUUUGGAACCAGAAGUGGUAAAUCUUUUUCCCAGGCCUUUAAUAGCCAAGGCCCGGGAGCAAAGGACCCAUGUUCAGGAGUUUUUCACGACCUCAAAAGACUUUUUCUGCUCCCUUCAGCCUCUCUUCUCAGAGGCAGUUGAAAGCAUCUUCACCUACAGCGCCCUCCUGUGGGCCUGGUGCACUGUUAACACCAGAGCUGUGUACCUGAGGCACAGGCAGCAUGGGUGCUUCUCUGCAGAGCCGGACAUGUGUGCUCUUGCCCCGUACCUGGAUCUGCUAAAUCAUAGUCCACAAGUCCAGGUAAAAGCAGCAUUUAAUGAGGAAACUCGCUGUUAUGAAAUUAGAGCAGCUUCAAGUUGCAGAAAACAUGAAGAGGUGUUCAUCUGCUAUGGCCCCCAUGAUAACCACCGCCUGCUCUUGGAAUAUGGAUUUGUUUCCACUCAGAAUCCUCAUGCUUGUGUUUAUGUCUCAAAAGAUAUACUUGUUAAAUUUCUCCCAUCGACAGAUAAGCAUAUGAACAAAAAGAUUUCCAUUUUAAAGGACCAUGGCUUCACAGAAAAUUUGACAUUUGGAUGGGAUGGACCAUCUUGGAGAUUACUCACAGCUCUCAAGUUGUUAUGUCUGGAAGUUGGAGAAUUUACAUACUGGAAAAAGGUACUUCUUGGUGAAAUAAUUUCAGAUACAAAUGAGAAGAGAAGUUUGGACAUAACCUGGAAAAUAUGUGAUUAUUUUAUAGAGGAGUCCAAUGCUAUGCUUCAAAAGGUUUCUCAUAUGAAGGAUGAAGAAGUGGCUUUGAUAAAUCAACUAACUUUAGUAGAAACUUUGUGGACAGAAGAGCUAAAGAUUCUGCAAGCAUCUGCUGCCAUUCUAAGUAAUUUGCAAACAGCUUUUACCUAA